GUGAACAUAGUUUAAAAGCUGCUGCAGGACUGCAGACAUUCACAGAAAGCUGGACCAGCAAUGGCUCUGCUGAAGGUUCUGCUGCUGUUGGGGCUGGGUGUUUCAGUGAAUUCAGCUGUUUCUCUGCAGAAGAGAAUCAUUGGAGGUCAUAACUGUGCUGACACGGAGCGGGGUUAUCAUGUUCGGCUGCUGAUGAGCAAUGGUACUCAUCGGAGGUUUUGUGGAGGAUCUCUGAUCCACCCUAAGUGGAUCCUGACUACAGAUACCUGCUGGGAGUCGGGGACAGGGUGGAUUAAUAUAGCAAAGUUCAACAUUCAUCCACCGGCUGCUAAAGAGACGAGUUUCAGAACCCUAGAACUUAAAGUGGAUUAUGCUCCAGAAGGCUGGAAACAUGACAUCAUGUUGGUGAUGGUUGAAAGACGAGUAAGAGAUGUCCCACUUGCUCGGCUACCAGACUGCAGUAAACGCCCUAAAAGAGAUGAUAUUGUUCAGUUGGCAGGAGAGGGAGCAACAACAACCGGCCCCAAUAAUCGACGAUUACCCAAUGCUGCUACUGCAACACGUCUUCAGUGUGUCAACAUGAAAGUUGUUGAGGAUUCCCACUUCCUGCCGGUAUAUGGCCAUACAUUCUCUGCUGCAGCACCGAACAAAGAUGCAUGUCAUGGUGAUGUUGGUUCAGCUGUGGUGUUCAACAACAUGAUUUAUGGUGUGAUUACUCCAGUUGUACCGGGGCAAGCAUGUCAGAGACCAGUUUCAAUCGCUGAUGUGUGUGGAUACAUUGAGUGGAUAAAAACAGUAAUUGGGCCUCAAUAAAACAAACUCAUAAAAUAUAAUUUUCAUCAAAAUGUUCUUUCCAAUAUAAUUUCAUUAUUGUAUCUUGAUCAGUUUGAUCCACGUUUGUUGAAUCAGAAUAAAUCAAAAGUUUCGUUUUUUCUCACCUAACCUUGAUCUCCCUAAUGGAUGUUUCUCUGUCUCAGAAAUGAACAAUAAAUCAAUAAAUGCAUA